CUAUGUAUUUAAAUCGAGCGAUAGGGACUUGGACAACUAGUCGCUGUGACUGUUCUCUUUGUCAUUGCGCUGGACACUAUCAGAUUUGCAACGAGCGAAUCGACGAUGAAGGGAUUUCUGAUAUUAUCCGCCCUCGUAACAGUGGUAACGGCUCGGUUCAGCGUCCUGCAGCUCUCGCCUUUGUCUGAUUUACAAGCGCAUGCCUCGGCUUCAGCCACUGCUUCAUCGUCUUCGCAACAAGUGUCUUUGUUGCGACUUUUACCCAACGCUCGUGUCGCUUCUGACGGUCAAGUCCUUGAUACACUUGAGACAAGUCUUGCCGAACAGCAGCACGAGGAGGCUCAGCAGCGCGCCCGCGAUAACGAGAACGUCAGGAGCGGCCUGGGACUGUCACCGCAGGUAGUUUCUGCCUCUGCCUUAUCGUCGGCUUCCUCCACUGUCCCUCUCGCAGCCGACGGCCGUGUCUUGGAUACCCUCGAAGUCCGCUUGGCGAAGGCCGCUCACGCCGCUGCCCACCGUAAUGAGCAGCUGAGAUUAGCCAGUCAGAAUGCACAGGCGGCUCAAGCCCAAGCUCAGCAACAGCAGCAGAACGCAGAAAGUUUGCUCUCCUCGACCAGCCUAGCGCAGUCGCUGGCCAGUGUCAAUCCCACAGGUGCCUUCACAAGCUCGAGGGUUCAGCUCCUCCAGGAGUCACCGGAACUGAGUGUCGUCAGGGCCCAGCAGCAGCAACGGCAGGUUGUCGCUAGUCACCGCCAGAAUAUCCUCUUGACUCCUCAGUCUAACGGCUUGCCGAUUCUCAUCGGACCUGAUGGACAGCUUGUCGCGUCUCCGCUUCUGGUUUUAUAAAUUAUCUUAUACACGACUAGGAUAAGAAUAUAAAUAAUGAAUUAUGCUGUAAAAGCGAUUCGCUUAUUUUACUGGACGCUAUAUAAGAUUGGAAUACAGUUCAUGUGCUUAUACAGUUAUAACUUUGUGUACGUAUACACACUUUUUUGAGAUUUUUCGAUUUUGCAGUAUUUUUAAAUUAGCAUAAAUUUUUCAUCUUCAUACAACGAAGAGCAACCAAGACAGUACAAUUAUUCGUAAUCAAAAUUACUCGAUCAGCAGGAAUGGUGGAGCAGUUUCAUUGUUAAUUUAUUUUUAGUUUACAAAAAUGUUGAUUUGAAUGAUGUUAUAAGUUAUGGUAUAUUUUUGAACAAUAUAAUUGUAUGAAAAUCUAUUGAUAUGCAGUGAAUUAUAUAAGAAAAAUAUUUUAA